GGGGGGCCGUGGCCCCUGUGAGCAUAUACAUAGCUCCGUCCUGUAUAUGUACAUAGGUGGCGAUGAGUACCUAGUUUUCAUUUUUAAAAGGGAAGAGAAAGAGUGACUUGUGAGUCCAUUGAGAUUGAUUACUUCACACCAUCUCAUCCAUGGAAGAAAGCUUAUUAUUAUUAGAACAUAGUAAUCAUCAAGAAGAAGAUAUUAGUAAGAGGAAUGAAAUUAUUCAUUGGAAGGUGUUUUUUGAAGAAGUGAAGAAAUUAGGGUACUUAGGAGGACCCCUUGUGAUUGUGCUAUUAUGUCAAUAUUUUUUACAAGUUAUUUCUAUGAUGAUGGUUGGUCACCUUGGUCAACUCCCUCUUUCAAGUUCAGCCAUAGCCAUAUCUCUUUCUGGGGUCACUGGUUUUAGUCUUCUUUUGGGAAUGGCAAGUGCACUAGAGACCAUAUGUGGUCAAGCAUAUGGAGCUAAGCAAUACAAGAAACUUGGGCUUCAAACUUACACUUCAAUAUUUUGUUUGUUCUUAGUUUGUAUACCAAUUUCUUUGGUUUGGAUAUUCAUGGGAAAAAUACUUGUUUUCAUUGGUCAAGACCCUCAAAUUUCUCAUGAAGCUGGAAAAUUCAUAAUAUGGCUUAUUCCAGCUCUAUUUGCAUAUGCAACUCUUCAACCACUUAUAAGAUAUUUUCAAACACAAAGCAUGAUAACUCCUAUGGUCAUAACCUCUUUUGCCAUACUUUGUUUCCACAUACCUUUAUCUUGGGUUUUAGUAUUCAAAUUUGGAUUGAGAAAUCUUGGAGGAGCAUUGGGUAUUGGUAUUUCGUAUUGGUUAAAUGCCGUUAUACUCGGUUUCUACAUAAAGUUUUCUCCUUUAUGUGAGAAAACUCGAGCUCCAAUCUCUAUGGAGAUUUUUCGUGGAAUGAAGCAGUUUUUUCGAUUGGCUAUUCCUUCUGCAAUUAUGAUAUGCCUUGAAUGGUGGUCAUUUGAACUGCUUAUUUUAAUGUCUGGAAUCCUACCAAAUCCACAACUUGAAACUUCAGUUCUAUCUAUAUGCUUACAAACCAUUGCAACAUUAUAUGCAAUUCCAUAUGGAGUUGGUGCUGCAGUAAGUACAAGAGUUUCAAAUGAACUAGGAGCGGGAAAUCCACAAGGAGCUCGUAUCGCGACCUUCGCCGCAAUAUUUCUAGCCAUAGCAGAGAUGAGCAUAGUAACAACAACACUUUUCAUGAGCAGAAGCAUUUUUGGUUACACUUUCAGUAAUGAGAAGGAAGUUGUGAGUUAUGUCACAGACAUGGCGCCUCUAAUUUGUUUAUCUAUCAUACUAGACAGCAUACAAGGAAUCAUGUCAGGUAUUGCUAGAGGAUGUGGGUGGCAACACAUAGGGGCAUUCAUAAAUCUUGGUGCAUUUUAUCUAUGUGGAAUUCCAAUUGCUGCAAUUUUGGGCUUUUGGGCAAAUUUGAGAGGAAAAGGGCUAUGGAUUGGUAUACAAAGUGGUGCAUUUUUGCAAACAAUUUUGCUUUGUCUUGUAACUGGUUUUACAAAUUGGGAAAAACAGGCAAGUAAUGCAAAGGAGAGAUUAUUUGGGGAUGGAACAAAAAAUGUAUUAGUGCAUUAGAUUAGCUAGAAAAUACUAUAUGAUAAUGGUAGCUUAGAGAAAUUAUUAGCAUUUUAUGGAUAAUGAUUUAUAAAAAGAAUACUAUAUGAUAUUUUAGUAACAUUUUCUUAAGUUUUUUCGAUUA